GAAUAUUUUUUGUCUAUAGCUGGGAGAAAUCUUCUGACUUUCGAUGCUUUACGAAUGUUACCUCGCAUGGCUGCUUUGAGUUCUCUCUCUUUUGUUCAGUUUAGAGUCUCUGACAUUCUCGGAACUCGUCUGAAACCUUAUCCCCAAUUUCCAAUUCGAAUAACAAAUAUGUCUGUGAAGCCGUUUGUGAUUGAAGCAAGAGGGAAUUCUCGAGUGGAGAGUCCAAAAACUAGGAACAGGAGGAGCAGGAAGAAGUUUAAUGGAACACAAACGAAACCAAGACUUUCAGUGUUCUGUUCAGAUAAGCAACUCUAUGCUAUGUUGGUGGAUGACUUCAACAAAAAGUGUUUGUUCUACGCUAGUACAUUGCAGAAGUCCAUUCGUGGAGAUCCUCCAUGUACUGUCAUAGUAAGUUUAGCCACCUGGAAGUUUUGAAUCUCUUGUGUCACCUGAAAAAUCUUUAAACUUCGAUAAGAGUUUAGUAGGGUUAGUAGCAUUUAGUCGGAGUUUGCUUUGUUGUUUACGCAGUUUACAGUAUUGGUGGCAUUGUCUUUGCUUCACUCUUGAACUUUGGUAAGAGUUUAGCCGGUUAAGUAACACUUAGUUGGAGUUUGUUUUGAUAUCUACAACGGUUUAUUGUAUUGGUGGCAUUGUCUUUGCUUCAUUCCUCUUGUUUCACAAAUUUGCUGUCUUGAUUGAGAGUAUGGUUGGAUUUCAUAGAGGUGACGGCAUCGAGUUCUAGGGUAGAUAGAAGAGACUAGUCUAGAUGAAGUUGUUUCUUGUCAUAUUUGAAGUUACAUCUCUAUAAUAUGGUAAGAUUUCAGGGUUGAGGAAACUCGAUCUUGGACUAUAGUUUUGUCUUAUGGUAUGAAAAUAUUAUGUAAUCAGCGCUGGUUUCAUUUCAU